AUGGCUUUCGAACUAUUGUUGGCAUUUCUGCCGAACAUUGUGCUCGAGAUGAUCCAUCGAAUCGUGUUUUUGAUCUACGCCUACAUGUUCAAAAAGAACAUCGCCAACGAGAAGGAGUUGCACACCUAUCCCAUCAAUCUCGCGUUUUUCAUUCUCAUCGCCGUCUAUCACGCUCUGUUGCUAGCCAGCAGCGUCGCGUUGCUGUCGGCGAUUUAUGAUCUACUCGCCGACAACAUUACGAGCAACGCGCUAUUAUUCUUGUCGAUGUUUUUCCGCGAACUCAUGAUAUUCCUCGAUGGUCCCUUCAUGCCGAGCCUCAUUCUCCUACACGCUAUUCAGCGAUACGUCAUAUUGUUCGCCGAUGACGCCUAUCAUCGAUAUGUGACCGGAAAAUUCCUAAACUCCAUAUUGGGCUUGAUCAUAGCGCUUGGCGUUGCCUACAAUUUUCUUCAUCAUCACGAUCUGCCGGGAUUGUCGACGUUCAGCAUUCCCAUUUGUCAGACGACCAUCGUGUUUGCCGAUUUGACGGACUGCGCGAUUUGCUACAAACCCUCAUUUCUCGUGUUGCUUCAAAUGAAGGUCUACAUGGCAAUGCGAUUUUUGUGCCCGUUUCUCGCCGUUUUGAUCUACUUUGUGGUUUUCAACAACAUUCGAGUUUCUCAGCAAAUUGCGACGCGAAAACGGAGCGUCGAAAUGAAUAUAAUGCUCCAAAUCGCGCCCAUCUAUUGCUUGUUUUAUAUUCGCUUCCUCACCGUUUUGGCGUAUUAUUUCAACGGCGAAACGAAAUUGAUGUUCGUCAACACGAACAAUUUGUGCUCGUAUGAACGAGAGAUGCUCUUCUUCCCGUUGGGAUACUUAUUCGGCAACGUCGAUCGGAUUAAUCGGAUUCGGACAAUGUUCGGAGGGUCGAGAGUUCAAACCGAGCUGACGCCUGUGGAGACGGCGUAG